GCUUUUCCCUGCUCUGUCGGAUGAAUGGGGGCAUCUGUUCGGUAGACAUCCGCCGAAGGAGGAGGGCUUGCAAUUGGUCUCCGAAGUCUACGAGGAUGGAGAUUUUUUUCUUCUUCUUCCGAGAAGAGACCCUUUCUCUGAAGCAGACUUGGUCCAAUUUGCUUGAGACGAAGUUCAAGCAAAGGGAGGAGCCCCGUUGGUGGCCAUUGCGAUGUCUCCAGUGCCGUUGCCCGCCUCUGUACCGGAGGGGAGGGAUGGGCAGUGAGUGGUAUAAGUGGGGAGAGGAGCUAAGAAAAGCGGCCGCUGUUCCAAGGUCUAAAGCUGCGAAGAUCGCACUUAAUUUAACUGCAGGUUUCAGCUAUGUGGCUCUAUCUAGCUGUCCUGGUGGGACUUUAUUUCCUUCGCCGAUGGUACCGGGAGAGACAGACAGUGGAGAAACUGACAGAAAAGUAUGUCUUCAUUACCGGCUGUGAUUCUGGCUUUGGGAACCAGCUAGCCAGGCAGUUGGAUGCUCAGGGCCUGCGGGUGUUGGCUGCUUGUCUCACUGAGAAGGGAGCACAGGAAUUGGAGAGACUCACAUCGGACAGGUUGAAAACCACCCUGCUGGAUGUCACCAGCACUGAGAAUGUUGCAGCAGCGACCGAAUGGGUGAAAACUUGUGUGGGGGACAAAGGGCUCUGGGGCUUGGUAAACAAUGCAGGUAAAAGUAUACCUGUAGGUAUCAAUGAAUGGCUGACGAAGGAGGACUUUGCCAAAGUGCUGGAUGUCAACUUGCUUGGGCUGAUUGAUGUGACGUUGCAGAUGUUGCCCCUGGUGAGGAGAGCCAAAGGGAGGCUGGUCAAUAUAAGCAGUGUGGUGGGAAGAUUAGCAUGCGGUGGAGGAGGGUAUAGCAUAUCCAAGUAUGGUGUGGAAGCCUUCUCAGACACUUUGAGGCGUGAAAUUUCUCCAUUUGGGAUGAAGGUCAGCAUUAUUGAGCCAGGUACUUUCAGAACAAGCAUUAGCCAACCUACAAUAGAUAACUUCCAGACCUCAUGGAACAAAGCACUUUCUGAAACCAAAGAAGUCUAUGGACAGCUAUACUUUGAUAACUUAUUGAAGAUCGUACAAAACAUCAUAAACCACAGCAACAAGAACCUCUUCUUGGUCACCAAUUGCAUAGAACAUGCCCUGACCUCCCGCUACCCUCGUGCUCGCUACAGCUGUGGCUUGGAUGCCAAACUCUUCUACCUUCCAAUGUCUUACUUGCCAAGCUCAGUAGCAGACUUCAUAGUGACCUACACUUGGCCAAAACCAGCACAAGUAGGGUCAGGAUAAACCCACAAACCAAAGCUUCCUCUUUGGUCCUCGACUUAACAACAGUUCAUUUAGUGACCGUUUG